AUGACCAGGGCUUCUUCAGAGGGUUCUUUCCAAGUGGAGAAAAAGACCAGUAAAUUUCCAGAAACUAUGAUGGGAGACAAAAUCGACACAGAAAUUGCAACAAUUAACGAUACGGUUUUUGAAUUCCCGGCACCAAGCCAAACUUGCGCCAAAUCGAAUCGCCCGUCCAAUUCCUGAAAUCUCAGUGACCUAUAAGGGCAGCCAUUCUCGACAAAAGUGCAGCAUUAUUUAUCCGAAGGCAUUAACAUAAAAAAAUCAUACUAUAACCAACUGAAGAAUCACAUCUUUGUGGAAAGAAAGUGGUUUUUGCAAAGGAAUGUUAAAUUAUAUCGCGGGAUAAAAUUAUAUUCCUAUUCUGUUUUGUUUUUUCAUUACCGGUAAUCAUUAAUCAGAGAGGUAUUGUUGAGCCGUCAACGCAUUAUGAAAAAUGAGUUUCUUUCAAAGACUAUGAGGACAAGCGCCAAAGAUAAAUCUAAUAGAUCGGGUAUUUGCAAUAUUUUGCAAUAGAAUGAGUUAGACAAAAUUGACUUUAUGUAAAAGGGAAAAUUGACGAGAAGAUAGAAGGUCUUAAAAUGCUGGUUUUAUUUCAAAAGAAAGAUAGAGUAAAAUGUGAAAAAAGACUUUCCAAGACCAAGUAACCAAAUUCAAAGCACAAUUCAGAUAAAACCCUUAAGCUUGUUAAAACAGGGGAGCAAUAUUCUGAUUUCUAAAAGCAAGGAGUUUCGCUCUUGGCUAUUGACUUUGAGCCUUUUUAAGGUCAACCUGCACUUUUUGCAAAGAAGGCUGUCAUCACAAUAAUUUGAUGAAACAAUAGAUAACGGACCAAAACAAUUCAACGAGCCCUAAAGCAACGGGAGGUGCAAUUAAUGGGAGACCAAUGAGAAUAGAGGUUUAGAAGGGGUCUGGUAAUGCGUUAGGCAAUUUUCAUCUUUACUUAAAAAAAAAAGGGUUUACUUGACACGAACACCAGGAAUGAUAAGGAGAUUAGGAGAUUAGGGGUGCGGGCCAUUUUUGAGAAGUGUCUUGCUACUGCGGAGGUAGGCAUCGGAUCGAGUCCAUUUUAGGCCUCUAAAAAUUGCGUUGUAACAUCGAGGCUUUAAAAUCCAUAUGUUUGAUGCAUAAUUCCUCCGUAAACUCUAAAACGAUGGCCGUCCGUUCAGAUGCAAAAUCGAGUAAUGAUUUAAAAUUAUUGAUGACAUAUAUUUGACAAGCUAAUUACAAUUGUGACGAAUCAUUUCCCUAAGGGCUUUAGGGAUAUUUAUUUUCUUUAUGGAACUAUUAACUCUUGUUGUAAGUAAAUAAUGAAAAUCAGUAAGAUAACUUCCAAAGGCUACCCAGGGCAAAUAAUUCCUAAUUGUGUAGUUUGAGGUCAAGCAGAAAAAAAUUUCAAAUUAAGCAAGAGUACCUUUACUGACUAGCAAUCAAGAUUGGAAGGCUUUGAUGAUGAUGAUGAUGAUGAUGAUGAUGAUGAUGUUUUGCAUAUGCGGAGAUUCAAGUGUAUCGGGGCGGAAGACGAAACACCCCGACAGGAAUUUUUGAGAGUUGUAGAAAGAGAGAUGCAUGAAGAGAAUGUGCCAGUAAAAGCGCGGCCCAGACCUGAACCAAGGAGGAAAGCGAGAGAGAUGCAAUUGCCACGGAAGGAUCAUGGGACUAGCUGGUUCUGUGUCGGGUACAUUGCAAAGAACUUACAAAGUAUCUGCACUAUGUCAUAA